AUGGAAAUACCUCGUCGUAAUGCGCGAAGUACUCGAAAAGUCCUCAAUUAUGCUCUGCUUGCCAAAGGGAAAUGUAAGUCUUUUUUUUUGAAUUUGAUAUAUGAAAUGAGCUAUUCUGUCGUUAAUCAGACGCCCUCAGGCAUUAGCAGAUCUGCAGUUACCUUUAUUAUUAUUUAUUUUGCAGCCAAUACAAGGCCGAAUCACGAAGAAGAAAAAAUUUUCUCCAGUUGCUCAAGGAGUAGUGUUGCCGAUCGUUAUUGUAAUGCUUCCAUCAUCAAUAGGAAGCGAAGACGUAAUUCAGUGGGCAAUUUUGUCUUUCAACGAGCAAAUAAUAAUAUUGAUGAAAGAAGGCAUUCCAUGACGACUGUUAAUCGUUGUCUUCAGAAUUCCCUGGGUGAUGAAAAGCUGACUUGUUUUCGCUUCCAUAAUGUAAAAGAGGCAACCUCAGGUAGUCGAGCUGGUCACAAUACUACUUUCCAAUCAAAAUUAUUCAGCUUACCUUUUGAAUAUUUUAAAGAAGUUCGCCAAUUCCGUAAACAACGGCAGAAUGAAACGGAUCUUGUCAAAGCGAUUUUCGCAGAGUAUAAAGCUUUAAAGGUGUUAGACAAAGCUUUAAAACUGGCUCAAAUUCAAUAUCCUGGGUCAUAUUCGAAAUAUUUUGGAUACUUGAAAGAAAAUAUUGAUGAAAUCAAUGAAACUCUCACCAACUCGACAUUUCAAGAAAAUGAAAAUUUUCCUGAUUGUUCAUCGAGUUCCAAACAUUCCAUAUCGUCAGAUAAAGUACAACUUCCCUCAUUCAUUUCUGCUUGUGCUGCUGGCUCAAAGGAUACCUCUAACAGAGUUGAUGGAUCGAAUUUAAAUCAGAGAAAAAGUGAAGAUGAUAUAAUCUCUGGUGAUUUAUAUGUAGGCACGAAGGUUGUCUCUAAAGCUAUUCCUGCUAAAACUUCAGCUGAAAAAUUCAAGGCAAACAGAAAUUCUUCAACCACUAAUACUUUAAGACAUAUUCGACCUUCUAGCUUUAACAACAGCGAUGCUCGCUUGUUCGGCCAUCCCCCAACUAAAAUCAAUCUUCCUCAGGCAGUGAAGGCCUCAAUGAAAGCAACCAAAUGUAUCUAA